CCUCGCUGUCUCAUAUGCGCUGAAGUGCUGCUGCUGGAUCAGCGCGUGACCCCCCAGUUCUGCAGAACCGCCGCACCGGACAUGUUCGCACAGUGGAUGACACAACUCCUCUACAACAACCUCUGGUUUACUGACCCCCGGGCUGUGGCUUUCCCUCUGGGUGACCUGCACGGCCCAGUUCCCCAUCUGACUCCCCAGCAGCCAUGUCUGAACCUGCUCCUGAAGAUUCUAUGAACGGUCACGUCGAAAUGUGGAAGGAGCUGAAGGUGGAGGCACGAUGCGGAGCCGUGCGGGGAGCGAGCCCCGCAGAGACCCCCCGCUGUGACGGCGAGCCGCGGUCUCCCCCUCCACCAGCCCAGGAUGAGAGUGUGUCAGAGCCUGUGGGCGCCGCAGACGACUGUUCUCUGGAUCUGCUCCGGAUAGUGAAACACAAGCCCAGUGCCAUAGUGUUCAGUGAUUACGACCACGGCACCGACGAGCAGCGGAUCGGUGCCGCCGGGAGCUCGGGCGGCGGGGAGUCCCCCUCAUCCAGCGCCGAAGGGGGGAGGGAGGGGGACGAUGACGGCGAGGACGAUUAUUUUCCUGCGUCGCUACAAUAUAAGGAAUUCCUGGUCAGUCGUCGCCGCAGGAACUUGAGCAGGAACAGGAAGAGCGCGAGGAAGAGACAGGAUGCCCAGCCUAGAAACGCUGCGUCCGAGCGGCGACGGGCCGCGAGCGACGGCGAACCUGAGGUCACCGGUGGAGAGGAGGCGGAGGAGACGACGCGGGGCAGAAGGAAGCAGGCGCCGGCAAGCGACUCCGUGACCCUGCUGAUGAACCCGUUGGACGAGCUCGACGAGGGGACCCAGGACGGCCGCGAGGCCAGUUCCCCCCAGCUGGAUGAGACUGAUGCUGAGCCGGAGCCGGAGCCGGAGCCGGAGCGCAGCACGGACUCUCCUCCAGGCAGAGCGGCGAGUCGCAUCCUGACUCAGGACCAGGGGAGCUCCAGGGCCCCAGACAGGCGCCGCUCGCGACCUUUGACCCGCAGCCGGCCGCUGACCCGCUCGUCGCUCUGGUCCCCUGCACAUCUCCAGGCCCGACGGGUCAGGGCUGCUGCAUGGAUGACAAGCGGAUCAGCAGAGAUCGAGGCGAAGGAGGCCUGUGACUGGCUGCGCGCGGCGGGUUUUCCUCAGUACGCUCAGCUCUACGAAGAUUCCCAGUUUCCCAUCGACAUCUCCUCAGUGAAAAGGGACCACGACUUCUUGGAGCGGGACCUGGUGGAGCCUCUGUGCCGACGUCUAAACACUCUGAACAAGUGUGCCUCCAUGAAACUGGACGUGAGCCAUCCCAAAAAGAAGGGCGACGACUCUGACGAGGACGACCAGCUGGCCAUCAGCAAGCGCUGGACGUUCGAGUGGAGCAGCCGCCGCUGGUCCCGCCUGCAGGACUUCCUGUCGGACGGCGCCAGCAGCCCGACGGGCCGGGCCGGGGGCCCGCGCAGCGCGGCGAGCAGCGAGAGCGCGCUGACCGACCUGAGCGAGCAGGAGGCCGCCGACGCCUCCUCGCUGCACAGCGAGGACUCGGCGGCCGCCAUGCCCGACUCCGUCUCCAUGGCGUCGCUCUGCGCCGCCUACCAGCCGCCGGACCUGCCCCACUACAACUCCCUGCCAAUCAAGGGCGGGCGCCACGGCCACGCGGGGAGGAGCAAGGCCAAGGAGUUCCUGCGGCGGAUGGAGGUCGUGCGCACGUGGGGGCCGUCGACGAGGCGCAAGGGCCCCGGACGCAGGCCGCCGCUGGUCAUCAGCGGGCCGGUGCUGCAGGGGGAGGAGCCGCGGGCCCUGCAGACGCUGCAGUGCACUCCCAUCAGCCACCUGGAGCCCAGCGCGGAGCAGCGGGCGGACGGCGCCGGGUCCCCUCUGAGCAACGACUGUCCAGACCUGUCCAUGAUGAGCGUGAGCCCCGGCGCCGAGGCGGCCGGGCCCGCUGGGCCCGCCGGGCCCGCUGGGCCCGCCGGGCCGGGGCCCACCUCGGCCCGGCCCCGCACUGCCAGCAAGAGGGGCAGCGUGUACCUGGAGGACAUGGAGCUGCCCUCUCAGGGGAAGAGGACGGACGGGCACUGUCCGUUCGGCCGGAGCCAGUUCCACUCGUACGAGAACCUCCUCAUUCACGUCCCCAAGGACCACAAACCCGGCACCUUCCCCAAAGCGCUGUCCAUAGAGAGCCUGGUGCCGUCCCCCGGCGCUCGCACCCACACGCCGCCGCCCGGCGCCGACCCGAGCCGGCCCUGGUCCGCCAGGCCCCUGUCCAAGCCCGGCUGCCCCGCGGCCCCCCGGGGCAGCCGGGUGAGCGUGUACGACAACGUGCCCGGCUCCCACCUCUACGCCAGCACCGGCGACCUGCUGGACCUGGGGACGGAGGACGGCCUGUUCCCCCACCUGGACGACGUCAUCCAGCACGUCAGCGGCCUGCAGCAGAUAGUGGACCACUGGAGCCGCAGCGUGCUGCCCGAGGGCGAGGCGGGGGAGGGCAGGACCACGCCCAGCGACGGCGAGCGCGACGCCGUCUCGCUAAACGACGCCGACUCCACGGGCACCGGCCGCGAGAGGCGGGACUCUGGCGUCGGGGCUUCGCUCACGCGGCCGCGGCUCCGGUGGCCCAGCUUCAGGACCUCCGUCCACCUCAACCAGCCGGUGUCGUCGCUGCAGAUCAGCAGCCAGUCGGCGGGUCAGCUCAGCCUGCUGCAGAAGUUCUCCCUGCUGCGCCUCACCGCCAUCAUGGAGAAGUACUCCAUGUCCAACAAACACGGCUGGACCUGGUCUGUGCCCAAGUUCAUGAAGCGGAUGAAGGUGCCGGACUACAAGGAGAAGAGUGUGUUCGGGGUCCCCCUCAUGGUUCACGUCCAGCGCUGUGGGUUCCCGCUCCCUCCGUGUCUGCAGCAGGCCCUCGCUCACCUCAGAACCCACUGUCUGGACCAGGUGGGUCUGUUCCGCAAGUCUGGCGUGAAGUCCCGCAUCCAGGCCCUGAGGCAGCAGUGCGAGCUGUCGCCCGACUCCGUGAGCUACGAGGAGCAGUCGGCCUACGACGUGGCCGAUAUGGUCAAGCAGUUCUUCAGGGACCUGCCCGAGCCUCUGCUGACCAGCAAGCUGGGCGAGACCUUCCUGCACAUUUACCAGUACGUCCCGACGGAGCAGAGGCUGCAGGCGGUGCGAGCGGCCAUUUUGCUGAUGCCGGACGAAAACAGGGAGGUUCUGCAGACGCUGCUCUACUUCCUGCGUGACGUGACGGCGCUGGUGGAGGAGAACCAGAUGACGCCGAUGAACCUGGCCGUCUGCCUGGGGCCGUCGCUCUUCCACCUCAGCAUCCUGAAGAACGAGGCGCUGUCCCCGAGGUCGAUACAGAGGAAGUACGCCACAGGCCGACCCGAUCAAAAGGACCUGAACGAGAACCUGGCAGCCACGCAGGGCCUGGCACACAUGAUCGCUGAGUGCCACCACAUGUUUCAGAUCCCGGAGGAGAUGGUGAGCCAGUCGCGCAACUCCUACAUGGAGGCCGAGCUGAUGGCGCCCCCGCUGGACGAGCUGUGCAAGGCCCACGAGGAGGACGUGGACGAGGAGGAGGACGAGGAGGACGAGGAAGGCUCGUACCACGCGCACCUGGAGAGCCUGGUGCAGAGCCUGCUGAAAGAGGCCAAGGACAGGAGCAAGAGCUGGGUGUCUCGCCCCGGCGCCGACCAGGCGGAGCUGGCGUUCAAGAAGGUGGAGGACGGAAACCCUCUGCGGCGGUGGCGCGUGUGCGUGGAGGUGCCGGCGGCUCCCGGCGAGGUGCUGCAGCGGCUGCUCAGGGAGCAGCGUCUGUGGCGGGAGGAGCUCCAGCAGGAGAAGGUCCUGGAGACGCUGGACAAGCAGACGGACGUGUACCAGUACUCCUGCCGCAGCAUGGCCCCGCAGCCCAGCUGCGACUACGUGGUGCUGAGGUCGUGGAGGACGGACCUGUGUAAGGGCGCCUGCGCGCUGGUGUGCGUCUCCAUCGAGCACGACGACAGCCCACGCGCGGGGGCUGUGAGGGGGGUGGUUCUGGAGUCGCAGUAUCUCCUGGAGCCCGCCGGGACGGGGAGGACCAGGCUCACGCACAUAUCCAGAGUGGACCUCAGGGGGAAAUCUCCGGAAUGGUACAACAAAGCUUUUGGGCACCUGUGUGUUAACGGAGCCCAGAGAAUCCGCGCUUCCUUCCAGCCCCUGGAUCAGACUGGCAGCGAGGCCAAGAGCUGAACCCCCAGACGCGUGGGCUGGGUUUGGGUUCACAGUUGGACGUUCAGUGUCUGUUCACUGCUCUGAGCCUUCACUUUACUGUAAGAGAGUUGUAAAAGUGAGUCUGCAUAAGCGUCUGUAAACCACAUAUCACUACUUAUUUAUUUUAAAAGCCAUUUUUGUACCACAGGGCAGAUGUUAGUUUACUGUUACAACGCAGUGAUAGAUUUUCUAUGAUUAGCCAUUGUACCAUGUGCUUUACUGUAAGGACAACACAAUAUUUCCAUUAUUUAUUACUCCUUUCAUCAAAAUCCUGAUCUACAAAUACAACAUUUGACAAUAACGGGGAUCUGAUUAAAACAUCCAUCGAUGGCAAGUGUGAUCAUGAGAUGCUACAGUGCUACAGAACACUUCAUAUUUAAUCUGCAGCUCCUUAAUAUAAUGUUAUUAUGUUUGUUAAUGUAACGGAGAACCAAGCUGAGGCUUACACUUAACUAUAUUUAAUGUGUUUUUCAGUUGCAUGUGUGAGCGUAAAUUUAAACGACGACCAGCUUCUCACAGCUAAAAGCAGAACGCCAGGGUUUGCAUUGAUUCAUUUGGAGAAUUGAUCCCAACGCCGGCUUUUUAAAACGUCGCCUUGUCUGUCUUGAAUAUAUCAAAUCAGUUUAAGGUGUGUUUUUGAAUCGGAUUCAGUCAGAUCACUGUAGACUCGCAUCACUCAACCUCCAGCGGUUAUUAAUGGAUUCAUCCGUUGGCUUUAACGGGACCUCCCUCAUCUGCGUCGCCUUCUACCUGCCUUUCUUUCGCCUGUGUCACAAGCACCUGCUGUGUUUAUUGUUUAGCCUUCUGCAAAGACCGUAACAACUAAACUGUGUUAAUGGGAACCAUCAAGACCAGUUAAACAGGGGUACACGCAAGCACUACACUGUGGGAAGCACUAGGUUGAGGGUUAAUAAAUACGAGGGACCUGGAUCAUCUGGACCACUGAAACAGAAACCAUGCAUGUGCUUUAGCCCCGGACGGAUACUCUGUGUUCACUAUCAUUGUUGAUUAUACAUUAUUAAUAUUUCUCUGUCCCUAUUUUCAGUGUUAAUCUGAUCUAAAUGAAAGGUUAUUUUAAAGUUAUUUUUGUUGCUAUAUAACUGUAUAUGUUAUCAUUGUUGCUGGCUGUCAUGUUAUACAAUGUCUAAGACAUGAGCCCAUUUCACUGCUUCUGGGAAGCAUGUGUGUGUGUGUGUGUGUGUGUGUGUGUGUGUGUGUGCGUGCGUGCGACGUACAGCCUGUAUUGUAAAUAUCUACAAAGCUUUAUGUGCCAGCAAAUGAAACAUCAUAGCUUUCCAGGGUUUUCCUAUCAUAUUGAUACGCUGAAAUGUGAACGUUCCCCACAUCCUGUUGAAGCAAUAGCUGUGUGGAAGCUGUUUGCUGGAGAAGCACUGUGUGUGUGUGUGUGUGUGUGUGUGUGUGUGUGUGUGUGUGUGUGUGUGUGUGUGUGUGUGUGUGUGUGUGUGUGUGUGUGUGUGUGUGUGUGUGUGUGGGAGAGAGACAAAGAGUGAGUGACUC